AAAGUGACCAAUCACCGGCCGGGACGGAAACUUCCGCCACACCGACACAGUGUGUUCCAUUGUAAGUGCUGUUCCGAAAGACAACUGUGAUUGUGGAAGUACGACGCCGAAUUCUCUCAAAUUGAAAUCCAGUGUUCUUGGGACUGUUGCUGUUUUAGACAGAUCGAGGUUGCCGUGGCUCACAAAGAAAAAGCAACCGGUGGGACAAACCGCGUUGAUCUCACCGCAGGAAUUUCGCCGUCAUCUCCAACACAUUGCUGCGGAGCUAGCGCUACGGCUAACCAGCGGUAUCUGCGAAUUUCUCUGUGAUGCUAAUCUGACAGAGGUUUGUAUGAAUGCGCCACUUGGAGACAACUCGCUUCGAAUUAGCCGGCCGUCAAUUACGCAUUGCGAGGUCUGCUAACUCCCCAAAAACUGGCUAUUUAGCGGAGUUAGCUAGCUAGCUAACUAGCUAACGGUGUCGGGCUCGACGUUUGGACUCGACGCUGGGCACCUCGCUCGGUUUAAGCAACUUGUUAUUGUUUGUGGAGCCGCUCGAAGGCCGUCGCGGUGCCGCACGAUGAAUGGCUUCAGCACAGAGGAGGACAGCCACGACGGGCCGCCGGCCCCGCCGUUCUACGGCCAGAGCUGCUGCCUGAUAGAGGACGGAGAACGCUGCGGCCGCUCGGCUGGAAACGCCUCGUUCAGCAAGCGGAUCCAGAAGAGCAUAUCGCAGAAGAAACUCAAACUGGACAUUGACAAGAGCGUGCGGCAUCUCUACAUCUGCGACUUUCACAAGAAUUUCAUCCAGAGUGUUCGCAAUAAGAGAAAGAGAAAGACCAGCGACGAUGGGGGAGAAUCACCAGAUCACGAUGUGGAGGUGCCUGAGGUGGACCUUUUCCAGCUGCAGGUCAACACACUGAGACGCUACAAGCGACACUACAAAUUGCAGACCAGGCCUGGUCUCAACAAGGCACAACUGGCAGAGACGGUGAGUCGUCACUUCAGGAACAUCACUGUGAACGAGAAGGAAACGCUGAACUACUUUAUUUACAUGGUGAAGAGCAGCAAGAGCCGCUUGGACCAGAAAGGGGACGGAGGGAAACCACUGGACUGACCACUCCCCCAAAGCCCCCACCACCACAGCAGCUCCCAACUACACACAAAAACCUGAAGAAAGAAAAUGUAUCGCAGCAGCAACCAAAACAGGUCCACCUGCACAGCUUUUGCCCCCCCCUUUCCUUCCUCUGUGAGGCCCAAACACAAACCUUUACUGUCUUCUGAGAGCGAUUUAAAAAAGAAAAGUGGAGGAGAAGUGGAAGUGGGCUGACUCUGCUUUGACUAAUUUCGCCUGCUUGUUAAACGCAGCGUCAUAUUAUCGCCACACUUCUCAUCCUCCGAAGUAUUUACUCCACACAGAAACCAGGUCUACACAGACUGUCGAGGACCAGGACUCUGCAGAGUUUUACAUCCUCCUUCUAUAUUAGUCUAUAUGUGCGCAAACGGCAUCCGAUCACAAGCUACACGGCGGAGAUAUAUGUAUGAUUUAAACUGCCUUAAGAUGAGAAACAAUGUUUUUCUUUGGUUUGCUGAGUCGACAUUCAGAGGGGAAGGCGGCUGGUGCCAAACAAGGAACUGAUCUAAAUGUGAAUGUGGCUGGGCAAGAUUCUGGUGUUUUUUUUUCUUUGUGUGUUU